GGGGUGUUCGCCUGAUGUCAUUUGGCAGAAAGGGAGGCUGAGCUAACGGUGGGCGCACGGCUGAAAAGCAUAACAAUAACCGCUUUACCGUCCACACCGGGACUUCAUAACGUCUCCUUUGGAUUUAAGUACGCAGCGUUGAAAACCGUCUCCUCACCGUGGUCUGGGGGAGAAGAAGGAGACGCGGAGGAGGAGGUGAAGCUAACGGACUGAAAGUACCAGAUGCUAUUCCAGCGGAGAAGGAGAACGGGCUCGAAUAAGCAGGAGAGGGUGAUGGGUUCUCGUUUUCCUGACGGCUAACGUUACACCUUCGCUUGAAAACACAGAUACCGCGAAGUGAGGGCCGGCUUGCUUUGCUUCUUGUCCACCUCCGUGUGUGUGACAUUGUGUCUGAAAUGCUAGCGCAGUCGCGGUCUCGGCCGUCGAGCAGCCUCUGGGCCGCAGCUCGGCACACCGAGCCCGAAUCUGGGAAAUAGCUAGCUAGCUACCUGCUAGCUGCAGCUGUACCCGAUGCUGCGGCUGCUGCUGCUGUUGCUAAACGGAUCCGAAAGGCAACACAAGGGCCCCGGCGCUGACUGAGCUAUUGUUUUACCUUACUGGACUACAACGGGCAUUUGAGAUGUGAUGCUUCUGUGCAUCGUUUUUGAGCCUUUUGUAGCAGGAGGCUCUCGCUUGCUUGAUGCGAAGGAGCUAACGUUGCUGCAAAAUGCACAGCAGAACCACAACAGCAGGAUCCUGUUGAAGGGGGCGAGGUUAGACUGAUAACAGCCCACCCUGUGUCUCUCUCAACGCUCACAUUUUGGACAACGACCGCCAGUUUUUCCCCCACGUUAUUCACCGCUUCAUCAGCUGGCGAUAUGGAUAAACUAACGAUCAUUUCAGGGUGCCUGUUUCUGGCAGCAGAUAUCUUUGCAAUAGCCAGCAUUGCAAACCCAGACUGGAUCAACACUGGUGAAUCAGCAGGUGCCCUUACAGUCGGUCUAGUCCGACAAUGUCAGACCAUCCACGGACGAGACCGGACCUGCAUUCCACCUCGGCUGCCCCCAGAGUGGGUCACAACACUUUUCUUCAUCAUCAUGGGCAUCAUCUCCCUCACAGUCACCUGUGGACUGCUCGUGGCAUCACACUGGCGCCGAGAAGCCACCAAAUACGCCCGCUGGAUCGCCUUUACUGGCAUGAUCCUCUUCUGCAUGGCGGCGCUCAUCUUCCCAAUAGGCUUCUAUAUCAACGAGGUGGGAGGCCAGCCGUACAAGCUGCCCAACAACACAGUGGUUGGCUCCUCGUACGUGCUGUUUGUCCUCUCCAUCUUCUUCACCAUAGUGGGACUUCUGUUUGCAGGCAAAGUUUGCCUCCCGGGCUGAGGACUCGACCGUGCUCGCCUCUGGACUGAUGCAAGAGGCUCUGAAAAUUUUAUGGGAUUUACAAAAACACACAAUGACUGAAAAUCAAAAACAACAAACUCUGGCCCAAAGCCUGAAACAGGGGAGUCUUUGAUUAUGUGUCAAGGGACCGCAGCACCACAGAGUACCUAAUGACUGAAAAAUGAAAACGAACAAAACACUAAAAGGGGGAAAGUGGGCACAAACGGGGGGUGGAGGAGUGAGAGAAAGGGCAGCCGAGGCUGUCGCAGCACCCUGCCACUGUUGAUUUAAAAUACGACCGUCUCUGUUGUUGUUCUGUUGGAAAAGGGUGCUUAAUGUGCUGCUGUCAUGGCAACUGCAGCCACAAUGCUGGCGCACAUUUCUUGAGGACCACUGCAGCUGCUCCUCGACUUGACCCCCAGCCGCCCGCUGCACCGCCCUCAGCACACAUCUGCGCCGUCACGACUGCUCCUGUUGCUAUUUUUGGCUUCUCUUAGAAAUUUCAGUUGUGUGUUUUUCUGUUGUUGUAUAUUUUGUGUUCUUUUUUGUUGUUAUUUUUUCCUUCCACCCCCCUCGCCGCCUUUCCACUGAAGUAGCUUGAGUGUAAUUGAGGUUCACUGAACUGAAUCCUUGAGGGAACUGGGAGGUUUUCUGCCAGCUUGGCUUUAGAGCAGGGUUUAUUCUCUCCUGUCACUUCACGAGGCCCCAGGUGUGUGGCUGGGGAGAGCAGCUGUGUGCACAGCUGUCUCGGCCAGCUCACGGGCUGCCGUGGACGAGAGGAAGGUGCAGGUGUGCCGCCUCUGACCAGCUGCUCAAGAGCAGGUAGCAGCGAGGGGUGACCUCCCUGCGCAGCAGAACAGGAGGUCAAGAACCAUAAAGGAGAAUGCCACUCAAUGUAAGAAGAUGCAUUAUGCUAUUUAUAUGGACAGCAACAGAGUAUUAGUGAGCUAUCUUGCUAAGCUAAACCCAUGACACUGAUACACAACUUUUGCCAAUAACUAGAAAACUGUGAAUUUAGAGUAUAAAUCUGAACAUAAUCUCACUUCUUGUAUUUGUAGUAAUAGUUAUGUUGCCACAAGCACAGUGGCCUUCUCAAAGUAUUUUUUCAAAGGUGUUACAUCACUGUGGUGUUACAUUCUCGAGGGGUCUCAAUGAAUUUGUAUAUUGAUAAUCAUAGCAGACACUAAUGACUUUUUAUAAAUAGAAGCUGAAGUCACAUUAAGGUGUAAAAAAAUAACAUGUGAAUGCUGACAAUUGGUGGUAUUCUCCUUUAACGUUGGACAGGAAAGAAGCGAGCCAGGAGCAGUUUUUGUUUUGUGCAACAGUGGAGGCACAAGGACUGCAGGUCAGGUCCAUGAGUGGGGCUGCGCCUCAGUGUGCUGCUCUCGAGUGAUUGUCAAACACACACACACACACAUACACACACACACAGCCAACAAUGAUCUGCAUCCAUUUAUUAGGGCUUUGCAGAUAAUAGUGAAAAGUUACCCAUUAGAAGUCUUAGAGCCAAAGGUGGUGUCUUUAAAUUGCUUAUUUUGUAAAAAAAAAAUGCUUUUAACUUGGAGAACCCAGACACGGCGAUGUCCAGAUCAGUGUAUGACCCUCAAAAGUAAAACACGCCGCACAGCUCUUCCCCUUAACACCUGCUUUACUCACCAAAACAUUUCAGCUGUCUUUCCUCAAACAAGGUUGUGUCCAAGGUUUUUUGCAGAUUGAGCAUAAUCCUGCUCUCAUCUUGAGAUGGAAAAAAAUGCCUUUGUAAGCCUUUUUAGAUCACAUUGCCAAAUAUUUUUUGCACCUGUGUAACAGUAUAUGAAGUAACAAAGAAAUCAAUUUCUUCACAUUCUUUUACCAAAAUCCGAUCAUAUCUUCUUUCUGUUCAACAAAAACUUUUGCUUACGCAAGCUUGUAACAACCAAUUUCAACUAAUAAAUAAUAUAACGAUAUCAACCUGUCAAUCAAUCUGCUAAAUUUAGCUGCACAGAGCUCAUUAGCUAUCUAGCAUCAGUAUGCCACGUCAAUGUCUUUGUUUACCCAAAAUAUCAUGGUCCGUCUAGCCAGAUGUCAUCUUAUUGAGGUUUUUGUAAUGAAAUGAAAAGCUAUAGUUUUGAAAACUCCUCAUGUCAAACCCGUGAAUGAGCCGUUCCUCGUCCACUGUGGCACUUUCAAAGCGGGCGACAGCAAUACAAUAGAAAAGCGCACGCCACGUCACAGUUGGACAGUUGGGACAUUCCAAAAUAAAACAGUGCAUUCAAACUGAUUUAGUCGCUAAUGCUCGCAUCACAUUUAGUAAGGACACAUUGUAAAGGAUGUAAACAGAAAGUAUUAUGUUGCCAUGGAGGCAGAAACUUAUGCAGAGCUAAAAAUAAUUGAGUGCUACUGUAUUUUUUAUUUGUUUUUGCAAUGUACCUAUAGAUAUGCAGACAACUAUCACUGGAUUACUUAGAUACAAAAGAAAACUUAAAAGGCAAGUUCUUGAGUUGAAAAGAUUCCUAUGUUUUAUGGACAGUUAAUCACAAUGGUCACCUGUAAUGAUUAUUUAAAACCUCUGGUCUCUACAAAGCACCAAAUUGUGUAUUUGUUCACCUCAUUUUUUUAAACUUAUUGUUCAAAAUAUUGUGAAGUCAAAAACUUUCCAUCUCGGAAAUUAUUAUUAUUAUUAUU